AUGUCGGUCCUGCCGGCUGAGGUCAACGCCCAGUUGGCCCAGCUGCUCCAGCAGCUUCAGUCGCCCGACAACAGCAUUCGCUCUCAGGCCGAGGAUGUCCUCCAGAACCAGUGGACUAACCAACGCCCCGACUGGCUGUUGAUGGGUCUUGCUGAGCAGAUUGGGACCUCAAACAACACCUCGUCGCGCUCCUUUGCGGCCGUUAUUUUCCGCCGGAUAGCCUCGAAAACCCGCAAGGUGGGCAACUCGGACAAUGUCGACAUGUUUAUCUCUCUCGACAAAGAACAGGGCACGCUUAUCCGCGGGAAACUUCUGGAAACGUUGGUGACGGAAAGUGAUAAGGGUGUCCGAAACAAGAUCAGCGACGCUGUGGCGGAGCUCGCGAGGCAAUAUUACGACACUAAUGAUUCUUGGGCGGAGCUGCUUCAAGUUCUGUUUCAGCUCAGCCAGGCGCCGGAUGCAGGCAAGCGUGAGACGGCUUUCCGUGUCUUCACAACGACACCGGGCAUCAUCGAAAAGCAGCACGAGGAUGCCGUGGCCCAGGCGUUUGCGCAGGCUUUCAAGGAUGACUCUGUGCAGGUCCGCCUUGCUGCCAUGGAAGCUUUUGCCGCUUUUUUCCGCAGUUUGACCAAGAAAAACCAGACCAAAUACCACGUCCUUCUCCCUGAGGUUCUCAACAUUCUGCCGCCCAUCAAAGAUUCGCAGGACUCCGAGGAUCUCAGCAAGGCGCUGGUCGCCCUUAUCGAUCUCGCCGAAGGCGCACCCCGCAUGUUUAAGCAAAUAUUCAACGUUCUUGUCCAAUUUUCCAUCUCAGUGAUCCAGGACAAGGAGCUGAGCGACCUCUGUCGGCAAAAUGCGUUGGAACUCAUGGCCACAUUUGCGGACUACGCUCCGACGAUGUGCAAGAAGGACCCCAACUAUACCAACGAUAUGAUCACUCAGUGUCUCAGCCUCAUGACGGACCUCGGGGAGGAUGACGACGAUGCUGCGGAGUGGCUCGCUGCGGACGACCUCGAUGACCCGGAAAGCGACCAGAACCAUGUGGCCGGUGAACACUGUAUGGACCGUCUUGCCAACAAGCUAGGUGGCUUGGUCGUCCUACAGCCCACCUUCAACUGGCUCCCCCGCAUGUUGUCAUCUCCAGCAUGGAGGGACCGCCAUGCUGCUCUGAUGGCGAUCUCUGCUAUCUCUGAGGGGUGUCGGGACCAGAUGAUUGGGGAACUUAAGCAGGUCCUCGAGCUUGUCAUUCCUGCGCUCAAGGACCCCCACCCUCGCGUCCGCUGGGCUGGCUGCAAUGCACUCGGCCAAAUGAGCACCGACUUUGCGCCUACGAUGCAGAAGGAGUACUAUGACACCGUUCUCUCAGCCAUUGUCCCGGUGCUCGAUUCGCCUGAAGCCCGCGUUAAGUCCCAUGCCGCCGCGGCUCUCGUCAACUUUUGUGAGGAGGCUGAGAAGAGCGUGCUGGAGCCGUACCUCGACGGACUGCUUACGGCUCUUUACCAACUUCUGCAAAAUGAGAAGCGUUACGUCCAGGAACAAGCCUUGUCCACCAUCGCCACUAUUGCUGACGCCGCGGAGCAAGCGUUUUCCCGAUACUACGACACUUUGAUGCCUAUACUGGUGGGUGUGCUCCGAGGCGAGAACGACAAAGAGUACAGGCUGCUCAGGGCGAAAGCGAUGGAGUGCGCAACUUUGAUUGCUCUCGCCGUCGGUGCUCAGCAACUUGGGAACGACGCUGCGAUGCUCGUUCAGCUGUUGGGAUCCAUCCAAGAUAGUGUCCAGGACGCUGACGACCCGCAAGCUCAGUACCUGAUGCACUGCUGGGGGAGAAUGUGCCGUGUCAUGGGCAAAGCCUUCCUCCCAUACCUACCGAAGGUGAUGCCGCCGCUACUGGAGCUAGCAAGCGCCAAAGCGGACAUUCAAUUACUCGAUAACGACGAGCAGAUUGAGAAGUUCCAACAAGAGGAUGGUUGGGAGCUGGUGCCGCUGCGUGGCAAGACCAUUGGUAUCAAGACGAGCUUGAUGGAUGACAAGCACAUGGCCAUCGAGCUUCUGGUGGUGUACGCACAAGUCCUGGAGGAAGAGUUUGCGCCACAUGCGGUCGAGAUUAUGGAGAAGAUUGCCUUGCCUAGUCUUGCCUUCUUCUUCCACGACCCUGUCCGUUUCGUGGCAGCCAAACUCAUCCCUCAGCUCUUUAGCUGUGUCAAGAAAGCGUAUGGCCCUCAGUCUGACCAACUUGCGGGUCUCUGGGCCACGACAGUCGACAAGCUCCUUGAGGUACUCACGGCCGAGCCGGCUGUGGAUACUCUUGCCGAGAUGUAUCAGUGCUUUUACGAGUCGGUCGAGGUUAUCGGUAGGCCCUGCCUCACCGACGGUAACUUGACACGGUUCAUCGAAGGUGUUAAUUCGACGCUCGAGGACUACAAGGAUCGCGUUGCGCAGCGCGAAGAGGAACGGCAGGGCGUGGCCGCGGAAGACGCGGAGGAUGAUCAAGAUGACCUACUGAUAGCCAUCGAAGAUGAUCAAACGCUGCUGUCGGAUAUGAACAAGGCUUUCCACACCGUGUUCAGGUACCAUGGCGCCAACUUUUUGCGCCAUUGGGAGCACCUUCUCCCAACUUACCAAGCCUUCCUCAAGUCAAGCGACCCGACUCAGCGUCAAUGGGCAUUGUGCAUCAUGGACGAUGUCCUCGAGUACUGCGGGCCUCAGAGUGGUCAGUACGCCAACUACAUCAGCCAACCUCUUCUCCAGGGUUGCCAGGACCCUUCUCCCGCGAUCCGCCAAGCCGCUGCGUACGGAAUCGGGGUAGCGGCGCGCCACGGCGGCGAUACCUGGUCGGCGUUCCUGGGAGGCGCCCUUCCAUUCUUGUUUGAUGUCGUGCGCGUCCCAAAUGCGCGUGAUGAGGACAAUGUUUAUGCGACGGAAAACGCUUGCGCCGCCGUUGCCAAAAUUCUUCACUUCAAUGCCUCGGCCGUGACACAGCUCGAUCAAAUCGUUAGCGAGUGGAUCAACACGCUGCCGAUCACAAACGAUGAAGAGGCCGCGCCGUACGCUUAUCUUUAUCUCGCAGAACUGAUUAGCAAGCAACACCCUGCGGUCACAUCGCAAGCUCCACGGAUAUUUGUCUUCGUUGCCCAAGCUCUUGAGGCCGAGGCCCUUAGCGGGCAAAAUGCGGCGCGCGUGGUGGCCGCAACCAAGCUCCUCGUAGAGGGGACCAACACUGACGUGUCACCGUUGCUCCAGCAAUUCUCACCGGAAGCACAAGGCGUGAUUCGGGCGUACUUUUCGUAG